AUGGAUUCCCCGAGGGGCCCCGCGAGCUUCGCGACACAGGCCAACGCCCUCCUCCGAAAGAACCUCUGCGUCCAGAAACGGAACCUCAAGACAAACAUCGGCAUCACCUUCUUCCCGAUCCUCAUAUGCGUGCUUCUCAUAGUGCUCCAGAACGUCAUCAACAGCGAGCUCGACAAGCCCAAGUACAAAUGCGGUUGUGUCUGCCUCGAGACCAGUGGGGAUGGAAGCCCGCCACGGUGGCCAGCCCUGAUUCAGAUCCCCCGUGCUGAUUUCCGGGCUGUAAGGACAUUCUCCCAACCAUUCAAUGAUUUGCCUGAUCCAUUUUACCGUGACUCCUUGUCUUGUCCUGCAACUGUCCUUGUCACUGGGAAGGACAAAGCGGUUGCAGAAGAUAUACAGUGUGUUGAAGGUGUCCUGUUAUGGCGUGACAGUGCAUCAAUUAUCAACCAUGAAUUUUUAAAGGGUUAUAGACAACGAGGAGGAGAAAUAAACGAAUUUAUUGCAGGUUAUGAUUUCUUUGGCACAACACAGUAUGUCCUCGGUGUAAAUGUUUGGUACAACUCUACUUACAACGAUAACAAUGCAUAUUCAUUUAUCUCAACAUUGCGGGUUCCACGCUUGGUGAAUGCAGUAUCCAACGCUUAUCUCAAGUUUAUCAAAGGAGCUGGGGUAGAAAUGUUACUUGAGUAUGUAAAAGAUAUGCCCAAAGUUGGGACAAGUUUUCAGUUGGAUCUGUCUUCUCUUCUCAGUGUAUUAUUCUUCACAUGGAUCAUCGAACUUCUUUUCCCAGUUAUGUUGACAUAUCUGGUGUAUGAGAAGCAGCAGAAGCUAAGGAUUAUGAUGAAAAUGCAUGGUCUGAAAGAUGGGCCUUACUGGCUGAUAUCUUAUUCUUAUUUCCUUGCUCUAUCAAUCGUCUAUAUGUUAUUCUUUAUCAUUUUUGGUUCCUUGAUAGGUCUCAAUUUUUUCAGAGUAAAUGAAUAUAGCAUACAAGUUGUUUUUUUCUUCAUCUGUAUAAAUUUGCAGAUUGCACUUGCAUUUUUUGUGGCAUCUUUCUUUUUGUCUGUCAAGAUGGCCACAGUGGUUGGCUACAUGUAUGUAUUUGGCUCUGGCUUACUUGGUGCAUUUCUUUUCCGUUUCUUUGUUGAGGACCAAACGUUUCCCUAUGGUUGGACAUUGGUCAUGGAGAUUGUCCCAGCAUUUUCCCUCUAUCGGGGCCUAUAUGAACUUGGUCAAUAUGCAUUCUCGGGAAGCAGUAUGGGAGCCACUGGUAUGACCUGGAGAAGUCUGAAAGAUCCCCUCAAUAGAAUGCAUGAUGUCAUGAUCAUAAUGAGUGUAGAAUGGGCAGUGCUGCUCAUAUUAGCAUUUUAUUUAGAUCAAGCCUCUUUGCUAGGUGGUGGUGUCAGAAAAAACCCUUUUUUCUGCUUCAGAUGUUUACAGAAGAAACAUGCACCAUCAUUGCAUGAGCCUAGCACUGUCCAACAGGAUUCCAAAGUCGUUCUCGAUAUGGAGAAAUCUGAUGUUGCUGUAGAAAGAAAACUAGUUGAGCGACUUUUGAUAGAUCCCAAUGCAAACCAAGCUAUCAUCUGUGAUAACCUCAGGAAGGUUUAUCAUGGAAGGGAUGGAAACCCUGACAAGCUGGCUGUUCGAGGGUUAUCUCUUGUCCUUCAAAAGGGCCAGUGCUUCGGAAUGCUUGGCCCAAAUGGAGCUGGGAAAACAUCUUUCAUUAAUAUGAUGAUUGGACUCAUUAAACCUACAUCUGGUACUGCUUAUGUCCAUGGAAUGGAUAUAAAUAUGGAUAUGGGUAACAUAUACACAAAUAUGGGAGUGUGCCCACAACACAACUUGCUUUGGGAAACACUGACUGGAAAAGAACAUCUUUUCUUUUAUGGCAGGUUGAAGAAUCUUAAAGGUGCUGCAUUAGUGAAGGCUGUUGACCACUCUCUGAAGAGUGUAAAUCUAUCUCAUGGUAAUGUUGGCGAUAAGCAAGUGAAGAAAUACAGCGGAGGCAUGAAAAGAAGGCUCAGUGUGGCAAUCUCAUUGAUUGGGGACCCUAAAGUUGUCUUCAUGGAUGAGCCAAGCACAGGACUGGACCCAGCAUCAAGAAAUAACCUAUGGAAUGUUGUGAAGGAGGCCAAGAAAAACCGUGCAAUUAUUCUGACUACACACUCAAUGGAAGAGGCAGAGGUAUUGUGUGAUAGGCUUGGCAUCUUUGUUGAUGGUGAUUUCCAAUGCCUUGGAAACCCUAAAGAGCUAAAGGCUAGAUAUGGGGGGACAUACAUAUUCACAGUGACAACACCCCCAGAACAAGAGAUGGAGGUUGAACAUCUAGUGCGUCAGUUCUCUCCCAGUGCAAACAAGAUCUACCAUCUAUCUGGAACUCAGAAGUUCGAGCUGCCGAAGCAAGAGGUGAAAAUAGCCCAUGUUUUUUAUGUGGUCGAGAAAGCGAAGCGCCAGCUCACAAUACAUGCCUGGGGAUUGGUUGACACUACCUUGGAGGACGUCUUCAUCAAGGUCGCCAGAGGAGCACAAGUGUUCAACGAGUUCGCGUAG